AUGAGUCUCGCCCGGCCAGCACGAUGUCUGUUCUGCAGCUUCUCGCGGAUAGCACCAUCCAGCACGCGAGUGCCUCGACGCCAGUUCCACCCGACGCCGGCGCCGCUCGUGAACCGGAAACCCAAGUUCCCCAACAUCAAGGCGGAGCUGAAGCCCGAUGAAUUCAAGCAUUUCACCGACGAGGAAAAGGCUCAGCUGGCGAAAGAAUAUUCUCCUGCCCAGAUGGCUGCCAUUGAGGCCGGUGAGAAGGCUAUCGACCCCGAGGACCUGGCCGAGCAGGCCCGGUCACGCGACGACCCCAUGAAGUUCAAAUACAUGGACGACUUCUCUGUCGUCGAGCCCGGCAUCGAUCGACACCUCCGGGCGCCGAAGGAGAACUCAGAGUACAACCCCAAGUUCCGGACGGAGGACGACUUCGUCGAGGACUUUGGCCGCUUCUUCGCCAAUAUGCCGGACAACGCGUCGGGGGCCGAUUUCAUGCGUUUUGCCGAGUCGCUGCGGCUGACGGAGGGCAAGGAGAGCAGCGAGCUGGAUCCGCACAGCGCGCUGGUGCCUGAUCUGUUCGGGCCUGGCGAGACCAUCUCCGAACCCCGGACGGAGGAGCGCAAGUCUGCAGCCGAGAAGGGCGAGAAAGAGCGCUCGUUGCAGGCCGAGGAAAUGACGGAGGGUCUGAAGCGCCUGCUUCUCGCUACGGGCUACACCGAACGCCAAAUUAUGGAUCUCCGCACCAAAACCCUCGUCUCCCACCACGUCGUCAACCAGACCCGUCUGGGCAAGGUCCGCCGCCACUACCGUCUGUCCAUUGCCGGCAACGGCAACGGCCUGCUGGGCAUCGGCGAGGCCAAGUCUGAAGAAUCCAGUGAUGCAAAGACUCAGUCGCGCUACCGUGCCAUCCGCAACAUGCAACCCAUCUCCCGUUACGAGAACCGCACUAUCUUCGGCGAUGUCAAGGGCAAGUCUGGUGCUGUGGAGGUGCAGUUGAUGCACCGUCCGCCAGGCUUCGGUCUCCGCGUCCAGUACCUCAUCUACGAAAUGUGUCGCGCCGCCGGCAUCUCCGACUUGUCGGCGCGGUUGGGUCGAUCCCGGAACCAGAUGAACACGGUCAAGGCCGCGUACCAGGCGCUCAUGGCCCAGCGCGACCCGGAGGAGAUUGCCCGUGCACGCGGCAAGAAGCUCGUGGACGUGCGCAAGGUAUACUACGCCGGGAAGGUGUAG